AAAAUGGCUCAUUCCAAAGAUUUAGAAGCGGAACUGGAUUCGGAGUCAGGAGAUUCCAAUUUUUCUGCUAGCGGUGAAUUAUCCGACGGAGUCGAGAUACCGGAGCGAACCCCACCCACUAAACGACGCCGAUUAUCAGAAUCACCAUCCUCGUCCGAUACAGCGCAACCAGUACCAGUACAGCAAUCCCUCUUUCCUACUAUCUCACGAAUUAAAAAGAAGGCCGCGGAGGCCAAUAGCAAUAUUGAAACCAAUGGGAAUGCGACGACGAAUGCGGAUCCUAUAACAGCCCAGGAUGCUGCAGCAGUAACAAGACCCUCAGAUAUUUCGUCAUUUGCGUCCCUCGGCCUCGCACCAUGGCUCGUAGGCUCCUUGUCGACAAUGGCCAUUAAACGACCGACGGCAAUUCAGAAAGCGUGCAUACCAGAGAUUCUAAAGGGGAGGGAUUGCAUUGGCGGUAGUCGGACGGGCUCUGGGAAGACGGUAGCUUUUGCCGCACCCAUAUUACAGAAGUGGGCGGAGGACCCGUUUGGAAUUUUUGCGGUGAUAUUGACGCCGACGAGGGAACUGGCUUUGCAGAUAUUUGAACAAAUUAAGGCUAUAUCAGCACCGCAAUCUCUCAAGCCUAUUCUUAUUACCGGCGGAACCGAGAUGCGCCCCCAGGCUAUUGCUCUCUCCCAACGUCCUCACAUCGUGAUUGCUACGCCUGGUCGUCUAGCGGAUCAUAUUACCAGCUCCGGGGCAGAUACGAUCUGUGGCCUCAACCGCACACGCGUUGUUGUUUUUGACGAAGCUGACCGGCUUCUUGCAUCUGGGCCAGGAAGCAUGCUCCCGGAUGUGGAAACUUGCCUCUCUGCGCUUCCCCCUUCGACAGCUCGCCAAACACUCCUCUUCACAGCCACGGUCACCCCGGAGGUUCGAGCCCUCAAAUCCAUGCCUCGCCCCGCGAACAAGCUUCCUAUCUUCGUCACAGAAGUAUCCACAGAAAACAAAGCUAGUAUCCCACCAACCCUCAAGCAGACUUAUCUCCAAGUGCCCCUGACCCAUCGCGAAGCAUUUCUCCACACUCUUAUAUCGACGGAAGCUAAUUCUCAAAAACCCGCUAUUAUCUUUUGCAAUCGAACCAAGACCGCAGAUCUCGUUGAACGUAUGCUGCGGCGUCUUGGUCAUAGAGUCACGUCGCUGCAUAGUCUUCUCCCACAAUCCGAACGUACAGCCAACCUAUCUCGUUUCCGGGCUUCAGCAGCUCGUAUAUUAGUUGCCACUGAUGUCGCCGCUCGUGGUCUGGAUAUCCCCAGCGUAAGCUUGGUAAUAAACUUCGAUGUACCCCGCAACCCUGAUGAUUAUGUCCAUCGUGUUGGCCGAACAGCCAGAGCUGGACGUGAAGGUGAAGCAGUUACUCUGGUUGGUCAACGUGAUGUGCAACUAGUUUUGGCCAUCGAAGAUCGUGUCGGGAGGAAAAUGGUAGAGUGGAAAGAGGAAGGUGUCAGUAUUGAAGGUCGGGUUGUACGUGGCGGAAUUCUCAAAGAGGUGGGAGAGGCAAAGCGGGAGGCAGUAGGCGAGGUGGAAGAGGGUAGAGAUGUUCUUGGCCGUCGGGUGAGAAAGUUAAAGAAAGUCCGUUAGCAUGCUAAUAAUUUUCCCUUCUUCC